CUUAUUAAAUAGAGAAUCUAUGCGCCAAGAUUCUUGAUGAAUUUCUGUUAUUAAAAUGUCUGCUUCAUUGUUGACCAGAUCUGCCCGCUUUUCCAAAAAUCUCAUCAAUGGGUCGUAUGUGUCAUUUGGAAAGUGGUCGCCUCCUCUUCUAACUCAGAAUGAGAGCAACCCCACUCAAACCUCUGUUGCGAGACGCAAUGUGAACUCUUCUUUGCCAGAUGUGGCUCCUCCUUUCAACAAGUGGCCGGCGGACAACAAGGGAGAAUACGUGGUUGCCAGAUUGGACGAUAUUGUCAACUGGGGCAGAAGCAACUCACUUUGGCCGAUGACAUUUGGACUGGCUUGUUGUGCCGUGGAGAUGAUGCACAUGGCUGCACCCAGGUACGAUAUGGACAGAUUCGGCAUUGUGUUCCGCGCCAGUCCCAGACAAGCCGACGUCAUGAUCGUGGCAGGAACUCUGUGCAACAAGAUGGCACCUGCUCUGCGAAGAGUUUAUGACCAGAUGCCAGACCCUAAAUGGGUAGUGUCAAUGGGCAGCUGUGCCAAUGGCGGAGGCUACUACCACUACUCCUACUCAGUUGUCAGAGGCUGUGACAGAAUUGUACCUGUGGAUAUUUAUGUGCCAGGAUGUCCACCGACUGCAGAGGCACUGCUCUAUGGAUUUCUGCAAUUGCAGAAGAAGAUCAAAACCAGCAGAGAUAUUUCACUGUGGUACAGAAAAUAAACUGCUAAACUGACAAUGUAUUGAUGAUUUUAGUAGACUAAUAUAACUUACAGUUACUGAUAA